AUGUCUGAAACGGAAGUUUGCGUUCUUCAGGUCAGCAACAUCUCCCCAAGUGCCACCAAGGAGCAGAUCAACACCUUGUUCUCGUAUAUUGGCAGGAUUGUCGAGUUUGCGGUGAGUUUUUCUGUUUUUUUUUUGAGAUUGUUUUUUAGGUGUACCCAUCGGAAGGAAGCCACACGGAGAAGUUUGCUUUCGUCAAGUAUGAUCGGGAUUCUUGUGUGGAAGUUGGCCAGCACUUGACAAACACGGUUUUCAUUGACCGAGCGUUGGUUUGUGUGCCGGCGCCGAGCAGUAAGCAAAGGAAAUGUUUCUUGACCAUAUUUUAGAUAAAAUUCCUGAUGAAGAGACGGCUUUGAGGACCGGACCGUCCUUACCUGGUCAAAGACAGCUUCCUCCUAGUGUUACGAAUUCGGUGCAAAGGAAUGGGGACGAAGAAAUGGUAAGAAAGUUUGUUUUUGUGUUUUCUUUGAUUUUUAGGCAUCAAGUUUAAUACCACGGGAAUUGUGGGGAAUUUUCUGCAAGUUGUUUACGGUUUCUAUCUGCACGGAGCUCACUGGGUGUUUUAUGAUCUCUACUAGCGAAAAAGAAACUAUAGAAUACAUUGUUUUAUCAUCAAACUUUCUCAUGGAUAACAUAAUUCUCUUCUUUUUUCAGCUCUAUACAAAUGAUCCCACACUAUCGUCGCUUGGUCUACCGGCCUAUCCACCUCUCCCGGUUGACACGGAGCCGGGAAAAGUCGAAGAAAUUCGACGAACUGUCUACAUUGGGAAUUUGGAAAAGGGAUGCGAUGGAGAGAAGUUGAUGGCCUUCCUAAAUGCCUGUAUCGGAGAGGUAAUGUAUCUCCGAAUGACUCAGGAGAACGAUGCUUUAGCCUGCUCCUAUGCCUAUGUGGAAUUCAGCAAACAAUCGUCGGUACCGUUGGCCUUGCAGAAUAAUGGGAUUGACUACAACGGCAGAGCUCUAAAGUAAGAUAAUUUUAGUUUGUUUUUGGGAUUUUUUAUGGAUUUAUUGUUGAGUAUAGUUUGUAGCAGGUGUAAUAAGUCUUUUGCCUUUUAGAAUUCAACAUUCGAGAGUUGCGAUUAUAAAACCCAAGCAAAAAACGGCAAAUCAAGCCUUGGAAGAGGUCGAAGAAGCAAUUCGACAAAAUGAGGGCAGAGAAGCUGCUGAAAUCGGUAAGCACUUUUCUUAUUAUUGGUUAUUCUGUAUUUAGGAAGAGGUUAUUCCCCAGCAUCCGGACGUUCCGGCAGCAAAAGACGGUCCCCAUCACCAAGAAGAAGGUCUUCGCGAAGUCCCAGACGCUCCAGAGACCGGGAGCGAGAACGAAGUCCAAGAAGAAGCCGAGAGGGUGAUCGUGACAGAAAAAGCCGGUGAGAAUUUGGAAAGGAUGGGUUGAUUUUAAUUAUAUUACUUUAGGUCACCGAGAAGGAGAAGAAGUCGAUCCCGCGACCGUUCUGAUAGGGAUAGAGACAGAAGACGAGAUCGAGAUGGAGACAGAGAUCGGGAUUCAGAAAGGGAUAGAGACCGAGAUAGAAAGGAUCGUUCUAGUGAAAAGGACGAGCGAAAAUCCUCAAAGAACUCAUCAAAAGAUAAGGAUAGGGAUAAAGAACGCAAGGAAAAGAAGAGAAGUCGAUCAAAGAGUCCUAAAAAGGUGAGUUAAUAAAUUUAUAAUUAGUAUACCUUCUGUAUUAUCUCAAAGUUUGAGAUUUUUUGAAAAAUUUGCUGUGAUUUUAGGUAUUUAUUGAAAAUUUUGAUUGAUUUUACUAAAAUUUUAUAUAAAAAGUUUGAUUUUUUGUUGUAAUUAUGAUGUAUUUUGUUGCAGAGUAAGAAAAGCAAGCACUCCAGUCGCUCCCCAACUCCGAAAAAGUCGAAAAAAGAGCGAAAAAGCUCUCCGACCAGCCUCGAAGAAGAGGAAGCCGAGCUCCGCCGAAGACUCCUGGAGAAGGCCAGCCUCGCCAAAUGA